AUCCAUUCACGGAGCUCAUGGAAGGGAAGAAGAUCUACAAGAAACUCCUCAGCUUCCUGCUCUUCAGUUUCAUCUUCAGCUCCUGCGUCUUUAUUUCUCUUCGUCAGUUGAGGAUUUCUGAGGCAGAGCUUUAUGAUUCCAGUCCCUCUGCACAAACAGCCCACGCUGGAAACACCAGCAUCCCACCAAAAGGUGAUCACAGGUUGACCAUCCUGCUGUGGAAGUGGCCGUUUGGCCACCACUUUAACUUCAGCAACUGCUCGGAGCUCUACAGCACCCCAGAUUGUCAUUUCACCGUCAACCACAGCUGGUCCCAAAAGGCUGAUGCUGUGAUUAUGCAUCACAGGGAUGUGUACAGGGACAUGGUGGGGCUGGCCCAGCUCCCCAGACACCCUUCCCAGCGCUGGAUCUGGUUCAACCUGGAGUCCCCAAGUCACUCUCCAAACCUAAGUGCCAUGGACAACCUCUUCAACCUGACCAUGUCUUACCGGAGAGACUCGGACAUUUUUGCCCCUUACGGGGAACUACAGGUUCUCAACCAGCUCCAACCCCUCAACAUCCCACCCAAGACCAAGCUGGUGGCCUGGGUAGUCAGCAACUGGAGAGCAGACUCCCACCGGGUAAAGUACUACCAGGAGCUGAAGAAACACAUCACUGUGGACAUCUAUGGGAGACAUCACUUGCCUCUGCCCGUGGACGAGCUCCUUCCCACUGUGUCCCAGUACAACUUCUACCUGGCUUUUGAGAACUCACUGCAUGAAGACUACAUCACUGAGAAGCUCUGGAGGAACGCCUUGUCCUCUGGCACCGUCCCUGUCGUGCUGGGACCUCCUCGAGAAAACUACGAGCACUUCUUACCCCCUGACUCCUUCAUCCAUGUUGAUGAUUUCCCCAGUGCUGGGCACCUGGCUCAGUACCUGUGGGACCUGAGUAAGGACACCGAGAGAUACCAGCGCUACUUCCAGUGGCGCAAGUGGUUGAAACCCGUGGUAGGUACCAGCUGGGCCCUACACGUCUGCAGAGCUUGUCACUUCUUGCAGACGACGGAGGCCAAGUACCAGGUUGUGCCUGAUCUGUCUGAGUGGUUCGUGUAA